AUGACCCAGCCCAUGCCCCGGCUCUCUGUGCCCGCCGCGCUGGCCCUGGGCUCGGCAGCUCUGGGCGCCGCCUUCGCCACCGGCCUCUUCCUGGGGAGACGGUGCCCUCCGUGGCGAUCUCGGCGAGAGAAGCGCCUGCUGCCCCCCGAGGACAGCCCGCUGUGGCAGUAUCUGCUGAGCCGCUCCAUGCGGGAGCACCCGGCGCUGCGGAGCCUGCGGCUGCUGACCCUGGAGCAACAGCAGGGGGAUUCCAUGAUGACCUGUGAGCAGGCCCAGCUUCUGGCCAACCUGGCGCGGCUCAUCAAGGCCAAGAAGGCGCUGGACCUCGGCACUUUCACAGGCUACUCAGCCCUCGCGUUGGCCCUGGCGCUGCCUCCAGCCGGGCGCGUGGUGACCUGCGAGGUGAACGCGGGGCCCCCGGAACUGGGGCGGCCCCUGUGGAGGCAGGCCGAGGAGGAGCACAAGAUCGACCUUCGGUUGAAGCCCGCCCUGGAGACUCUGGACGAGCUACUGGCCGCCGGCGAAGCUGGCACCUUCGACGUGGCCGUGGUGGACGCGGACAAGGAGAACUGCGCUGCCUACUAUGAACGGUGCCUGCAGCUGCUGCGCCCCGGAGGCGUCCUCGCCGUUCUCAGUGUCCUGUGGCGCGGCGAGGUGUUGCAGCCUCAACCUCGGGACACUGCGGCAGAGUGUGUGCGAAACCUGAAUGAGCGCAUCCUGCGGGACGCCAGGGUCCAUAUCAGCCUCCUGCCCCUGGGCGACGGUCUCACUUUAGCCUUCAAGAUCUAGGGCUGGCCCCUAGGCAAGUGGCCUCAAGGGAGGGGGAACUUAGGAACCCCAGCCUUGGACCCUAAGUUUUAAAUCUAUCAAUAAAGUUGGGCCUGGGACACGAUCCGA